CAAAGGGACUUAGGCCAUCUUCUUGGAGUCGAACCCUUUCUCCCUAAUUCUUGAUCCCCCCCACCCCCACCCCCACCCCUCCCCUCUCGCUCUUAUAUAUAUAUACGGAUUAUAUACACCAUUUCUUCAACUCAUUCAAGUUGAUUUGCACAGAGAGGGGAGAGAAGAACUAAUGGAGGUGGAGAACACGUGGCAUGGCUAUGUUGAUUGGAGAGGUAAACCUGCUGCCAAACACAGACAUGGCGGCAUGCUUGCCGCCUCCUUCGUUUUGGUUGUGGAGGUGUUGGAGAAUUUGGCGUUUCUGGCGAAUGCGAGCAACUUGGUGUUGUACCUUGCGGAAUACAUGCAUUUUACGCCGUCGGGAUCGGCUAACGCCGUUACGAAUUUUAUGGGAACGGCGUUUCUGCUUGCUCUGCUGGGAGGCUUCUUGUCGGAUGCCUUCUUCACCACUUACCAAAUCUACUUAAUCAGUGCAGUCAUCGAAUUUCUGGGUCUAGUUAUACUCACCGUGCAAGCACACUCGAGCUCCCUAAAACCACCAAAAUGCGAGGCCGGCAACCUAGAUUCACCAUGCCAAAAAGUUGGUGGUGCCAAGGCUGCAAUGCUCUUCUUGGGCCUCUACUUGGUGGCCCUCGGCGUUGGCGGCAUCAAGGGCUCGUUGCCGCCCCACGGGGCCGAGCAGUUCGACGAGAGCACCCCACAGGGAAGGAAGCAUAGAUCAUCUUUUUUCAACUACUUCGUAUUUUCUCUCUCUUGUGGCGCCCUGAUCGCGGUCACUCUCGUCGUUUGGAUCGAAGACAACAAAGGGUGGCAAUGGGGUUUUGGAAUCUCUACACUCACAAUAUUUUUGUCCAUUCCACUCUUCCUAGCUGGUUCUAAGUUUUAUAGGAACAAGAUUCCUCAAGGAAGCCCUCUCACAACCAUAUCUAAGGUGCUCGUAGCCUCCUUGGUCAACACGGGCUCGAGCAAGGUCACGAGCCCUUCCUCGAAGACGCUCCGCGACGAGGAAGGACACGUGGCAACGAGCAACGACAAAGCGACGGAAUAUGAAUCCCCAUCAACGAGCCUCAAGUUUCUCAACAGAGCAGUUGAGAACAAGCCAUCCUGCACCGUGCUGGAAUGCACGGUGCAGGAAUUGGAACAAGUGAAGAUUGUAAUAAAAGUCCUUCCUAUCUUCGGGUGCACCAUCAUGCUCAACUCGUGCCUCGCUCAGCUCUCCACGUUCUCGGUCCAACAAGCCGCCACCAUGGACACGAAGCUCGGCCGCCUGAAGGUGCCCCCGGCCUCCCUCCCCGUCUUCCCCGUCGUCUUCAUCAUGAUCCUCGCCCCCCUCUACGACUACGCCAUCAUCCCAUUCGCGCGUAGGGUGGCCAAAUCCGAGACGGGGAUCACCCACCUACAACGCAUAGGGAUCGGCCUCGUCCUCUCCGUAGUGGCCAUGGCCACGGCGGCGCUGGUGGAGAUCAAACGCAAGAGGGUGGCCACCUCAUCAGGGCUGCUCGACUCGACUACACCCCUACCUAUAACGUUCUUCUGGAUCGCGUUGCAAUACCUUUUCCUCGGAUCAGCCGACCUCUUCACCCUAGCCGGCCUCCUCGAGUUCUUCUUCACGGAGGCGCCCCCCGCCAUGAGAUCGCUAGCGACGUCCCUGUCGUGGGCGUCGCUGGCCGUCGGAUACUACCUCAGCUCCGUCAUCGUGUCGAUCGUGAACAGCGUCACAGGGGAUUCGAACCACACACCGUGGCUCGCAGGCCGCAACAUCAAUCAUUACCACCUCGAGAGAUUCUACUGGCUCAUGUGUGUGCUUAGUGGUUUGAACUUCUUGCACUAUCUGUUUUGGGCUGCGAGGUACAAGUACCGAUCCGUAGGGUCCAACAAGUAAUGCACGAAUGAAAUGAAACGAACUCAUCCGAUUUUGGUGAUCUUGGAUGUCAAUACGAAUCCGAUGACAUGCUGGAUGCAGUGAAGAAGAUAGUUUUACUAACACAUCUCAAGCUUUUGGUUUUUUUGUUUUUUGUUUUGCUUUUCUAAAUGUUGGUUUAGCUAUGAUAAUAUCAUAAUCAUGUUCUUCAUCUUGUAAGGGAAAUUAGUUGUUUCUAUAUAUAUAUACAUCGUUGAGUUCUCCGUUUUCA